UUGAAAACCCCUCACAGGAAGCAGGUUGUAGCGGGUCACCAGGACCAGGAUCCGGACGCUGCUCAGAGGACAGAGAUGCAGUCUGCUGAUCUGGACCGGACUCCCCGGUCCCUGCUGGUCUGUGAGCGGUCCAGCUUCCUGGAUGAGAAGAACCGGCUGAGCUCUCAGGUGGAGCAGCUGCACUUCAACCACAAGGUGUCUGUGCUGCUGCCUGAGUGUAGCUCCGCCCCCUCUCACCUGGAUGCUGCAUUAAACAGUUUCAGCAGUUUCUACCUGAUCAGGAAGCUGCCAGUAUACGAAGUGCUGGACAAACACUUCCUGGAGACGGCCGUUUACCAGGGUAGUGUGUACGGUGUGUCAUACAGGACCAGGGUGGAUGAAGAUCCCUGCGUCGCUCUGACGCCAAACGGUCACCUGACUCUCUCUCUGGAUAAAGACUCGUAUGAGUUGUUGGGAGUUGAAGGGAAACCGUCCAGAUUCAACCACAGAGCAAAGUGCAGAUUCGUGGUAUCUAUUAAUUUGACUGACAGCAGCAUGGCUCCUGGUGGGCGGGGCUACCAGAGACUCCUCACAGGCCUGAAGUCACGACUUCUACUGAAAACAGACUUCCUGCUGACACAUCAUCCAGGGGGCGGGGCCUCUCUGCAGCCCCUCCUGUCUCGUUACGAUUGGUCGGAGCACAGACCUGAGGUCAGCAGCCGCACUUUGACAGACCUGUCCUGCCCCGCCUUGCUGACCUCUGACCUGCAGUCACGUGACCCUCAUAGCUUCCUGGAGUGGCUCGGAGCCGUGGAUGCCGACGUCAGCUGCGAGAAUUCGUCCAGCAGCUUCCUGUCCUCGCUGGUCUGUCCUGAGCCGAAGACAACGCUGAGUCGAGCUCUGAGCGUCUCUGUCUACGGACUGCUGCUUCCUCAGGACGUCCACGGCCUCAUCCAGCAGCUCAGGAGGUACCUGGAGCAGCCUCGGUUGGAGUCCUGGGUGUCGCUGACGGUUCACGGUUUUGUUGACAGUCCGGUGUCGUGGGGGGGCAACGAGCACGGGGUCCUGAGAGGAGGAGAGAACUUCUACAGUCUGCUGCUGUUCCACGACCACACCUACCACCUCCACCUGGCUACAGGGGCCCAGGACGCCUGUCCCUCGUGACCACACCUACCACCUCCGCCUGGCUACAGGGGCCCAGGACGCCUGUCCCUCGUGACCACACCUACCACCUCCGCCUGGCUACAGGGGCCCAGGACGCCUGUCCCUCAUGACCACACCUACCACCUCCGCCUGGCUACAGGGGCCCAGGACGCCUGUCCCUCAUGACCACACCUACCACCUCCGCCUGGCUACAGGGGCCCAGGACGCCUGUCCCUCAUGACCACACCUACCACCUCCGCCUGGCUACAGGGGCCCAGGACGCCUGUCCCUCAUGACCACACCUACCACCUCCGCCUGGCUACAGGGGCCCAGGACGCCUGUCCCUCAUGACCACACCUACCACCUCCACCUGGCUACAGGGGCCCAGGACGCCUGUCCCCCACGAGGACGCCAGCUGGUUUCAGUGUUGUCACCUCUUUGGUGUGUUUUGCAGUUUAAACCGAUUGCAGCUCACUUUGGAUUAAAAUGCCUCAGACUUUUAUUUGUGAGCGGAAAUAUUUUAUUUGAGGUGAAAGCAGAAACUUUCUGAAAGUGUCGCUUUGAAUUCUUGUCAUCUGGAUCAGAGUUCUGUGAAUCUGUGAUCGUUUGUGUUCAUCUGAAUCUGAUUUAUUAAAAGGCUCUUUGUAAAAAGUC